AUGUCCAGGUACCACAAAGCCGCUAUCGAUGGGAAUUUGGACAUCUUAAAAGAGGCAACAACCAAAGAUCUGAACACGGCAGACGAGGAUGGCAUGACCCCAACUUUAUUGGCAGCUUUCAAUGGACGUGUUGACGCUCUCCAGCUCAUCUGCAGCAGAGGUGGGAACCCUGACAAAAGUGACAUCUGGGGCAACACACCACUGCACCUGGCCGCGGCGAACAACCACAUGCAUAUCCUGAGUUUCCUCGUCAACUUCGGAGUCAACCUUUUUUCUCUGGACAAUGACUUCCACACGGCUAUGGAUGUUGCGGCUUCCCGGGACCGCAUGGACUGCGUGCGCUUUCUGGACGCCUCUACCUCCCAGGAAACCAACAAAAACCCCAAAAAAGUGGCAGAUAAGAAGAAGUUGGCCAUCAAGGAGGCAAAUAUCAGAGUGAAACAGUGCGAGAGGGUCAAGAAAAGGCACCAAAGCAAGAUGGAUAAAAUGUACCGGCCCAGUCCAGCUUAUGAAUCAGUCACAGAGGCCAGCAUGGAGGCAUCUAACUUCGGUACUAUUGCAAGUUUGAGUGAGAAAAACAGCAUCAGUAAAGGCGGAUCUCUGGCAGCAAGGUUCAAAGGGACACUACAAAAGGUGGGAAAAAAGGGCAGAGAUCCAAUGCAGGAGUUAGGGGCAAACAGCAAUGUGAUUUUUGUGAAACAAGAUGAUGGCAAACCUGAGUUUUUGGAAGUUUUUCAUGAACAAGAUGAGGGUCUGGAGGAGGCGGAGAACAUUGAGGAGGAAGAAGGCCAGGUGAAGCGGUCCAUAUUUAACCUUCCUGGGAUGGGAAAUCUCAUAUUCCAGCGGUCGGAUGAUGUCGAUGAGUUUCCCAGUGGUGGCAAUGGAGACCUCGGAGUCCUGUUUGAAUAUGAGGCGUUAGACGGGGAGGAUGAGCUGGGACUGGAGGCUGACGGAGGCUUACCGUGGGAACAAGAUAAUCUGGGGCUUGAUGAUGAAGAUGAAGACACCUCUCCUCUUGACACGUUCCUCUCGUCCGUCGCGUUGCCAGAGUUUGCUUUGGCCUUCAGCAAAGAGCACCUAGACUUGGAGGCGCUGAUGCUUUGCUCUGAUGAAGAUUUGAAAGGAAUUCCAGAAGAAGAGGAUGGCUUGAUAAAAACUGUACCAGGGUCUGCUCAUGGGGUCUGCUGCUGUCACGACUAUGUAUUUCAGGUUUGCUUAGCGAAUGGCAGCCCCCCGGCCCCCCCUCCUGAGACCCUGAGUAAUGAGGAUUACCUGUUUGUGGAGAGCAGACACCCCAGCACCGUGCUGCAGGGGCUCAACAGCCUGCGCCUCAACAAUGCCUUCUGUGAUGUGACGCUGUGCUGCGGGGGGCAGGAGUUCCCCUGUCACCGAAUUGUUCUGGCCUCUUUCAGCUCUUACUUUCAGGCAAUGUUUUCUACUGACCUCAUAGAGUCCAAACAAGAGCGUGUUGCAAUUAAUGGAGUUGAGCCCCAAAUGAUUGGUAUGCUUGUGAGCUAUGCGUACACGUCUGAGGUUUACAUUUCUAAGGCAAAUGUGCAGGCACUUCUGGCUGCGGCCAACCUGCUGGAUGUCAUGGCAGUCCGAGAGGCCUGCUGCCGCUUCAUGGAGCAUCAGAUGGAUGAGAUGAACUGUGUCGGGAUUCACUGCUUUGCUGAAGCCCAUUCUUGUAAAGUGCUUGAAAAGCGCAGCAUGGACUACAUCCUGGAGCACUUCAGCAGUGUUUAUCAGCACGAAGAGUUCCUUUCUCUCUGUGUGGACAAACUGACCGAAAUUGUUGCUAGUGACCAUCUUAAUGUGCCAAAAGAAGAAGUUGUUUUUGAGGCAGCUGUUCUGUGGCUCAAUAAAUGUCUUUCUCGUAAACAGAACUUUGAAAAGGUUUUGGAGACGGUGCGCCUGCCUCUCAUCAGUCCUUACUACCUCCAUGAUGUGAUUGAAUCUCUUGAUGUGAUAAAAGAGAAUCAGGCCUGUCAAAAACUAAUCUCUGAGGCAAAGGACUAUCUGCUGCUGAAGGACCGCCGUGGACAACUUUACUGCCCUCGAGCAAGGCCACGCAGGUCCACGGGAACAGCAGAAGUGAUCGUGACAGUCGGCGGGGAGGAUGACAAGGUGGUUCUGCGGAGUGUGGAGAGCUUUGAUCCGGUCACCAACCAGUGGAAGAAUCUGGCCUGUCUGCCCUUCGCCGUGAGCAAACAUGGGCUGGUCGUGUCCGAUUCCACGUUGUACCUGGCAGGAGGGGAGUUUCCCGAUGGCUCGGCCAGCAGAGAAAUGUGGCGCUAUGACCCUUGCUUUGACUCCUGGAUCGAGAUGGCUCCUAUGAAUGUAGCACGCACAGAGCUGGGGCUGGUGAUGCUGGAUGGUUUUGUGUAUGCGGUCGGAGGCUGGGAGGGGCGCUCGCGCCUGGACUCUGUAGAGUGCUACAACCCUCACACCAACUGCUGGCAGUUCACUCAGUCUGUGAAGAUGGCUGUGACCAGUCCUGCAGUUGUUGCUCUGGACGGGCUGCUUUAUGUGACCGGUGGCGCUGUUCUGGAGGAUGGCGACGGCACAAAUCUCGCUCAAGUUUACAACCCGAAGACCGCCACAUGGACUGAGGUCGCCCCCAUGCAGAUUGCCCGCUCUGGUUCAGCUGCAUGUACACUCAAAGGGAAAAUUUAUGUUAUAGGAGGAUGGCACGCAUCAACGGAAAACACAGACAAAGUGGAGUGUUACAACCCCAAAACCAACCAAUGGACCAUGUGCGCUCCAAUGAAUGAACGUCGGUACCGGCCCGGUGCUGCUGUGGUAGAUGGAAAGAUCUAUGUCCUGGGGGGAGAGGAGGGCUGGGACAGGUAUCAUGACACCAUUGAAAGGUACUGUGAAGACACAGAGACUUGGGAGAUUGUUGGGGAGAUGCCCACGAGUCGCAGUUGGCUUAGCUGUGUGUCUCUGCAGUUGAGAAAGGACAUUCUUCACAACUGCCCUGGGACGCCAAAUGACUGA